GGCACAAAUUAGUAAAGUGUUUUUAACUACUAAAAAUUUGUGGCUGCAAAUUACUUUUUUUUGUUAUAACAAAGUCAUUUGUGCAAACAAAGCAAUAAUUUGUGCCCAAAAGGAAUUUGUGUCUAUAAAAGCUAAUUUGUGCUUGCAAAAUACUAAUUUGUGUGUAAAAUGCUGUUCUGUGGAGACAAACACAAAUUCAUCUACGCAAAUUCAUGUACACAAAAUGCUAAUUUGUGUCCACAAAAUAUUUAAUCCUGUGCACAAAAUGCUACUUUCUAUGCAAAAUGCUGUUUUGUGGAGACUGAACAUAAAUUCAUGUGCACAAAAUGCUAAUUUGUGCCCACAAAAAACUAAAUCGUGUGCACAAAAAGCUAAUUCAUGUGCACAAAAUACAAGUUUGUGUGCACCAAAUGGUAGUUCAUGUGCACAAAAUAGCAAUUCAUCUGCACAAAAGGCUAACUCACAUGGACAAAAUAAUAAUUCAUGUGCACAAAAUGCUACUUUCUGUGCAAAAUGCUGUUUUGUGGAGACCAAACAUAAAUUCCUGUGCACAAAAUGCUAAUUUGUGCACACAAAAUACUAAAUCGUGUGCAUAAAAUGCUAAUUCAUGCACACAAAAAUAAUAAUUGAUGUGCACAAAUUAGCAAUUCAUCUGCACAAAAGGCUGAUUUAUGUGCACAAAAUGCUGAUUCGUGUGAACAUAAUAGCUUUUUAUGUGCACAAAAUGCUACCUCGUAUGCACAAAAUACUAUUUCCGGAGCACACAAAUCAAAUUUAUGUACACAAAAUACUAAUUUGUGUGCACAAAAUAGCAAUUCAUUUGCACAAUAGGCUAACUCAUAUGGAUAAAAUACUAAUUUCCGUGCACAAAAUGCUAAUUCGUGUGCAAAAAAACAAACAAAUUAAUGUGCACAAAUAACAAAAAUUUACAUAGCGCAAAAUGCUAAUUUGUUUGGGCAAAAUGCUGAUUUGUGUGCACAAAUAGUUAUUUGUGUGUACAAUUACUAAAUUGUCCGCACAAUAUACUAAUUUGUGGCCACAAGGCUGCCUAUGACAGAAAUAUAUUUUCUCUGCCAGUUAAUUCACCCGUCGUAGAUACAAAACGGUGUAAUUGAAUUGCAUUUUGUACCAUCACUAUGUUAAAGCAACAUGAAAAAUAAAUAAUUAUAUGCCUAAAUAUUUCAUAUUUUUCCAAGAAAAAAUAUAUUUAUCAACACGUGUCUCGAUUAGUCGACUUAAUCAAUGAAUCAGUAUUUAUUACUAAAAUCUGAGGCAAUUUGCUAAUAAAACUUUCCUAUACCAUUGUACAGUUGUUUCAAAAUGAAAUAAAUUGAUUAUAUCAAAAAUGGAAAAUACCAUUUGGCUUGAGGCAUGGUAGAUUAAUUUUACUAUAAUGUAAAACGUUCAAGUUCCAUCAAAACAAACAGGGUGAGAUAAAAAAACAAACAAUAAAAUACAGGUAAAUAAAAAGUAAUAUAUAGUAUAAAAUAGCACUUUAAAAAUGGCUAAAAAAGCCUAAUUGGUUCUAAAAAACUGACCUUUAAAUCCUCAAAUAUCUGGGUUUUUUUUUUUUUGAACUACAAAACACUAAAAAUAAAGUGCAAUGUGAUCAAAGUGGCUCUGACUGUUAUUUUUUCCGGUGACUUUUCUUCUGAUACUUCUUUGUCUGCAGAAAAAAAAGUCAAUGGGGAGGGCUUCAUUACAUUUCCUCUUUCUUUCAGAUGCAGCUGCUCAGCAGGAAGUUUCUCCUCCUAUGAUGUUACGUCGUUAUGGGCCAGAGACAAGCACACACUUCUCCUUUUUGCUGGUUCACUUGAUGCAGAGAAACCAUGGGAACAUGGCGCAGUCUACGAGUGGCGUUCAUCCUGGGCUCUCUGUUCAUGCUCCUGUUAAUCAUUGCGUACUGGGAUGACAUCGGGGGCUUCAGUCUCUAUCCGUUCCAGGAUCUGAAGCACGACUCUCUUCACUCUGACUGCGGCUCCCAGAGGCUUUCCUCAGACGCUGCUCUGUCUGCGUCCACCAUCGGAGCACGGAGCGGCCCUUCUGUCUCACUUCCUAUCACUUCUAGGAUUCCACUUUCCCCAGAAGACACAGCUCAGACACACCCAGAAGAGGAGCAAAAGAAACCUCCAUGGGAGAACGCGAGGAAGGAAGGAGGAAGGAAUCGUGUGCUGGCUGGAGACGGGGAUCAGGAUGUGAGGAAGCAGAUGAUCGCAGAUGUGUGCUCAGGAAAAACCAAUGUGGAAUUCCCUGGAAGAACUCGAGUGAUUGAGCAGAUUCCUUACAGAGAACUGGACCACCUGAUAGUGGAUGACACCCACCAGAUAAUCUACUGCUAUGUUCCCAAGGUUGCUUGCACCAACUGGAAGAAAGUCUUGGUGGUUCUGUCUCAGGCUCUCAUCUCACCAUCCUCAGGAAAGCCUUACAUCGACCCGGAGGCUGUUCCUGCUGAACUAGUACACAACUCCUCACUUCACCUCACCUUUGCCAAAUUCUGGCAUCAUUACGGUUCACUGUCCCGUUACCUGAUGGCGCUGAAGCUCCAGCGUUACACCAAGUUUCUGUUUGUACGGGACCCUUUUGUGCGCCUCAUCUCUGCCUUCAGGAACAAGUUUGGAAGGCCCAACGAGGACUUCUACAAGCAGUUUGGCUCUGUAAUGCUGCGUCGUUUUGGCAACGUGUCUGGGAGUUUGCCAGAGACUGCGGCUGAGGCGUUUGCUGCAGGAAUCAAACCCACAUUUCAGCAGUUUAUCGCUUACCUGCUGGACCCAGAAACGGAAAAGGAUGGGAUCUUUAAUGAGCACUGGAGACAGGUGUACCGUUUGUGCCAUCCUUGUCAGGUUAAGUACGAUUUCAUCGGACAUCUGGAAACCCUGGAAGAGGACACGGAGCGUCUACUGAAGAUUUUGAAGGUGGAUCAUCUGUUACACUUCCCUUCAGGGGCCCACAACCUCACCUCCACCAGCUGGGAAAGAGACUGGUUUGCACAGAUUCCCAUCGCAACAAGGAAAGAACUCUACAAACUUUAUGAACCAGACUUUGAGAUGUUUGGCUAUGCCAAACCUGAUGGCCUUCUCCAGCAGGAACUUGACUGAGCAGAAGUGGACAGAACCAUCUUUUGCCUUUUCACAACCUUAGUUCAUCUGUUAUUUAAUGUUUAUAUGCUUUGACAGAAGUGCCUGCCUGAAUAUUGUAUUUAUUUUUUAAUACGAGUGAACCUGUUACUCUCCACACAAAGUCACUUUGAAUAAUGUUUUAUGAGUAGAGUUGUAUUUUGCUAAAUCAAGAUUGAAGCAUUGGGACUAAGUGCAAACUGGUAUAACUGAAGGAAGAUUUGUUGCAAAAAAAAUAAAGAGCUUGAAAAACCCAAA